AUGAAUGCCACCAGUAGCCUGCAUAUCGAAAGGUGGGGAGACGAUACCUACCUUGUGGGGUAUUGCAUAGAUAAUCACCAACAUUGGAACCCAAGUAAGCUGCGAUUGGACAGCUUCCUUGGAGAUAAUCGCGGACGAUUUAAAGGGGGUGGUCAUCAGUUCACUGAGCGUGCCAGAAACAUCAGCUUCGUUCCAGAAGAAGGUGCUAGUCGAGCCCCCAUUCUGCGAGCUGAACUGGAAGAUGAUACAGGCAGAUUCUUGCCAGGAGAUGUGAAUCUGGCUGAGAGAAUCAACAAUCGUGAUGGAUACCUGCAGUUUAAGUGGUAG